AGCACCAUGGUGAUGUAGAAAGGUAAAGUGUAGGCUCAGAAUUAUUCAUCUCUCUCGACUGAUCAUGCCUACCACGUUAAGGUUGCAUGUUGUCAUCAUAGUAUGUUCUUCUAGCCAACAUUCUCAAGCAAUUCAUAAUCCACACCCAUUAGGUAAGCAAAGCUGAAAGAAUUCAGUUCUAGCCAUUUAGAUGAAGAAAUCGCAUUUUUCCUCGUCUCAUCUCUUCCGUGAGUAACAAGUCGUGAGAAAAAUGUCGUCUCUUUCAAAUAAUCGCUUUGACGGCUCUGAGGACGUGAGCACAGUAUGCUCUACGGCCUCUUCGCAGCGUCACAGCCGGUCCUCGCAAGGAGCCUCAACUUCUUCGGGAACUCUAUCUUGGCACACUGAUAUGAAGAUAGAGGGCUCCUCUUUGAUGUACGCGAAAAAAGUGUAUCCUGGUUAUAAUGACACGAAGAAAAACCAAAACGCUGGUAGAGGUAAAGGAGGUUGGUUUUCACCAUUACAGCAGGCUGGAGAGCAAGAAGCAAAUACUCUUCUUGAAGACACGGCUCUUACGCCGUCUCUCACACGUGGGACAGGGUUUAACUUGCAUAGUACAAGGAAUCUGCUUUCAGACGAAGAACAAUUGGUCUCUGAGCUCUUAGAGCAGCAACCUCCGUUGUCCAGUGAACAGCGCAGUGUCAUUCGGAGUCAUGCAUUUGGACAGUUGGCGAAAGCCGAUGUAAGUAGCAGUAAGAAUGGUCCUCGUAUGCAGCACGUGAGGAAGAAGCAGAACGCAGUUUCUGCGCUGUUAUUCAAUACUUGCCUAGGAUCCAGCUACAGCACCAUCUCCCGAACAGAUCUCCUUCGCUCGCUUUCCAUUUGUGCCUACAUCAUCUACCUAGCGCAAAGAUUCGAGAACCGCUUGGAACAUGUGCCGUUAGUCGUGGUCAUAGUUGAGAUUUUCAAUCUCUGUUGUUUCCUGUUGGAUCGGGUGAUUUUAGGGGUCUUGUAUUCUUGUGCUGUCGGAGCUCAAGAUGAGGCAGGGAGAAGGUCUUGGAGUUCUUGGAGUUCUGUAUUAGUAGAGCCAAAUGCGAGGGAGCUGCGUCGAGCAGCUCUUCUUUCUUCGAUUCUACAUGGUCUCGAAACGUUGGUAUUGACUGGAUCAAGUUUGGUGCAGAUUUACUUCCUCCAAGGAGCAACAGCAAGCGGAGAAGCAGACACAUUCUGGCUUCGAGUGAUCGCUCUCCUGUGGCUUGUGCGGGUGCGUAUACCGAUUCAGGCCCUAUUUUUUCCGGAUAGCGAACUGGAAAAACAGAGGAGGAAGAAGGUUGGAACAGUUCUUUGGAGCCUUCUCUUUUACCUGAUACUUACUUGGAUGAUCUCCCUGUUGGUUGCGAUGGAGUACAAGAAGCAUUUUGCGGCUUUCCAAAAGCAGCAGAAAAUAUCAGGUCAAGACGCUCAUUCCAAACUCGGCUCCGUUUUCCGGUGCUUUACGCAGCUAGCGCGCGUGUCUUUGUUGGAUUCGUACGUUUUUCCAGACCUAAUCCGACCGACAUUUGAGGUGCAUCCGGGACUAGCGUAUAUUUUACUCUUCGCAGGGUUCUUCGUUACUGGUUUGGGGUUACUCAAUGUCGUGCGCGCGACGGUGAUCAGUCGACCAGUGGGUGCCGCAUUGGCGGCAAGGUUCAAACGGACGGAAGCGGAGAAAAAAAGGCUGUUGCUACUGCAGAACCGAGUGAUGACAUUGUACGAGGCGUUUACAGACGAAAUUGCAGCAGAACAGUCUCAAACAAGAAAGUCUACUAGGACUUCAUCUGGUCCUCUGGAAGCCAAGUCGAGAAAUCCCUUCUCUCACCUUCUGAUUGACGUUUUUGGUUCAACAGGUACAAGUGCUUCUCGUCGAGGUGCUAUCAAAGGAUGCCUCUUAUAUGAGAAGGUGAGAGGAACGUCACCUUUAGCUUGUUCUCAAGAACAUCAAGGGACUGAAAAUGAUAAAGUGCUGGUAAAGCGGGCUCCCUUUGAAGCACUCUUACAGAGACAAGGACUGCUUGAUGAGACGGUCGUGCGCGACUCGCUUACCGCGAUGACGAGUUGUUUGGUGGUGCCGCACAACAAUACAGGAGAUCGUGGUGCGAACGAGGAAAUGAAGUUGACAAGUCUACUGGUUCCAGUCCGUUACGGUUUACUCGACGAGGACAGUGUGAAAGAAGGAGCAUCUUCCCAAGCUCGAGCACUGCUCAUGCGAUCCUUACUGCAGGAAAUCAAAGGGCGCUUGGCAGUACGAAGACACCAACUACUACUAGGAGAUGAAGAUUAUAGCUCUCGUAAUAAUACUGAUCUUCCUGAGCAGCUCUUGUUGAAGAAGCAUCAGAAAUUGGAGUAUCACGACGUUUUCGCAGACGUCGAUGCAUUGUUUGGCGCCUUGAUUAAGAUAUUCGCAGCACGGAUUUCUGCUCAAGAUAGUCGCGGGCCGGCUGCUGUAGAUGAGGCGCAAGGGAAAGACGCUUCUUCAGUGGGCAAAGGCUGUUCCCACGCGUCCGACCGAUUGGACAAAAUAGAACAGGAGAUGCGGCUGAUGCACCGCCAACUGGAGGAUUCGGACAGCGUGUGUUCGAGGAUAGGUAGAGGCACAGGGGGACGAGGUGGAGCUGGAGGAAGAAUGGUGUUGAAAAAUGGUGGUGGGAAUAAUGUAACAACGGUAAGGCACGGUUCGAGUUCGCGCAGUUCUGGAGGAAGACUACGCUAUCUGGACGAUCCUGUGACCAAAGUCGACGAUGUGAGAACCUCUCGUCGCAGGAGUAGAAGUUGUGCUGAUGAUCAUGAAACAGGUUCUGGCUCAUCUCCUGAUGGUCACAACGAUUUUCAUCAUAGACGUACUAAAAAUCGUAGGACGACGGAACCAGGAAUAGAAGAGCCUCCUACCAGCCUAGUGGGUCGCAUAGAUUUGGGAAGAAGCCUACAGCUACCUCCUUUUAGUCCUAACAUGUUAUACGCAGCUUCUGGUGGUUCUAGAAAUAAAGAUGGCCACGCUUAUGACAGAAAGACUGUGUUAUCACGAAGCUGGCCACAGAAACGCAGAACGAAAUGCUGA